AUGUUAAAAAUGGAAAUUAAUUUUUAGAAAAUGGGAUUGAAUCUACCUGAUUUCUUCCUUGCAAGGAUAAGAUAACUGCGUAUUGGGGAUACGAUAUGAUAUCUUGGAUGAGGAUUGAGGUCACCAAGUUACGUUGCGUUCUACUCCUCGGUCCACACAAUUAUUGUCUGAUGAGAGUACUUGCAGUGUAAAAUGAAUCGUUGGUCGGGUAAAGUCGCGGUUGUCACUGGUGCGAGCGGUGGAAUUGGCGCAGCUAUUGCUCGCGAACUCGUCCGCAAUGGAUUAAUUGUCGCCGGCCUGGCAAGAAGACCAGAAAAAAUUGAAGAGUUGGCGUCGACUCUGGAAGAUCAAUCAGGAAAAUUACAUGCAGUCGAGUGCGAUGUUUCUCAGGAAGAGAGUGUCAUCUCGGCAUUUGGCUGGGUGAAGGAGAACUUGGGAAGAAUCGAUGUGCUUGUCAAUAAUGCCGGGAUCACGAUAGAAACUACUCUUAGUGAAGGUCGUUUAGAGGACUGGAAAGCAGUGUUCGAUGUGAAUGUGCUGGGGCUUUGUCUGGCCACUCGGGAGGGGUUGAAAAUCAUGAGGGAAACUGGGGACGAGGGUCUCAUUGUUCAUGUCAACAGUCUCGCUGGUGAGAGAAUACCUGCUGUUCCUGGAUUCAGUGUUUAUCCAGCUUCAAAGCGAGCACUCACUGCACUGGCGCAAUCUCUACGACAUGAACUCGUCGGGUCGAAGAUUCGUGUCACAUCAAUCACUCCAGGUCUGGUGGCAACCGAUCUGAUGGCUACAUAUUCAACAUUCUCCCAGGAAAUCCUUAACGCAAUGCCUUCAUUGAAGCCUGAGGACAUUGCAGCUGCACUCAUCUACGCUCUGUCCACCCCGCCUCAUGUUUCGGUCCAAGAAAUUAUCCUGCGACCAGUGGGAGAGUCCUGGUAAACGUCUUCUGUUCUUGACGACAUGGAAUCCCACAUAAAAAAACUCUAUCCUAUGAUUACGAAACGAACAAACUAUCAUUUGUUGAAUUUCUACAGUUAAAUAAAUAAAUACUUCAAAAUGAAA